UUUUACCAAAAAACAAUAGUUUUUUGGUUUUUCUAAAUAUUUUCUUAUAAUUCUUGUUUAUAUGAAAAACCCUGUCUUUAUAAUCCUUAAAUAAAUGCAAUUAAAAUUAUUAAGGCUUUUUAUUGGAUUAGGGUUCUUGAGUUCAAUCAAAGCUGUUUAUCUUUUGGCUGAAGAUAUUCUGGGAUCUGAAGGAAAUCUAAAUUCUUUCUUAGUUUCUAAUCCAUGUAUUUCAUGUGAUAAAUAUAAUGAAGGUUUAUACAAUUAUAAAGAAGCGCCAAAAUCGACAAAAGAUGCAAUACUUAGACGUCUACGAUGUUAUAAUCAUUCAUUAAGUGGUAAUAAAGAUUAUUAUUUUAUUAAAACACUCAAUGAGCAUAAAUGUAAUGCUUUAAAUAUUAAAAACGGAAAAGUAUAUAUAGUUGAUUGCGAUCUGCCUUUUUCAUCAAUAUGCACUAAUUCAGGAAAAGAACGGGAUGUGAAAACUCCACCAUCUACUGAUAAGAAGCUUUCAUAUACAGUAAACAGUGCAUUUGGGAAAGUGACUGGUACACGGACAGAUCUUACUUUUACAUUUCUUGGAAUUCCUUAUGCUCUUCCACCUGUUGGAAAUUUGCGAUUCGAUGAUCCAGUUCGAAUAUCUAAACUUAAGAAGACAUGGAAUGCAACCUAUUAUCGAUCUUAUUGUCCUCAAGAUAAUACUCUUAUUCCUUCUCCUGUGAUUAGUGAGGAUUGUCUUUAUUUGAAUGUUUAUACACCUUAUAUUCCAGAGGAUGGUGAUUGUGAUUCUCAAUUAUUACCAGUUAUGUUAUGGAUUCAUGGAGGGGCGUAUAUUCAUGGUAAUCUGCAAGAUAUUUAUAAUGAUCCUAGCCAUCUUGUUGCUCAUGAGAAUGUGGUUGUGGUAACGAUUAAUUAUCGUCUUGGAGCUUUUGGAUUUUGGGGCUGUGGAAACCAAGGAAUCAAGGAUCAAAUUGUUGCUCUUCAAUGGGUAAGAGAAUUUAUUUCUUUUUUUGGAGGAGAUCCAUUGAGAGUAACAAUUGCGGGUCAAUCUGCUGGUGCAAGUUCAGUUAGAACACUUUUGUCGGCUAAAACUAAAACAGAGGGAUUGUUUCAUGCUGCUAUUAUGGUAUCUGAUCCUAUUUCUAUGGGUUUCGCUUCAAAGAAAGAUUCCGUUACUCAUAUUUCUAAGGAGUUGGCACGUUAUGUCGGUUGUAUUCAAAAUGAUACCAGUAUUGCCGAUCCGGAACUUAUGAAGUGUAUGCGUGGCGUAUCAGCAGAAGAAAUUCUUAUGUAUCAAGCCCUUAUUGUUAAUACGGCUUUUUUAUAUGCUGAAACUAUUACUUUGGGAGAGACGUAUAAGCCAUGUAUAGAUGGUGAUCUUUUAACAGAGGAUUUUUAUGAUUCUAUCGAGACUGGUAAUUUCGUUAAGGUUCCUUUAAUGCUUGGAUUUGUUAAGGAUGAAGCGACUUUUUUUACAGAUACUUUCCCCAAAUAUUUAGAGACUGAAUAUCUUGUUAAUUUAACUCUUUCUUCUUAUUUUAAUGAGGAACAGAUAGACAAGAUUCUAGCUUAUGAAUAUUAUUCUAAGGGUCUUAAUUUUAGUGAUAUUAAGAGUUCUAAGGACUUUAUUUCGAAUGUUUUUACUGAUGCUGUCUGGGUAUGUCCUUCACUUCUAGUUGCAGCAAAGACCUCAAAAUUUAUUGAUUCAUAUUUGUAUUAUUAUAUUUAUCCUUAUAUCUGGGAACAUCCUUCUAGUUCUUUAUGUUAUGGUCUUGUAUGUCAUGCAGAUGAUAUUCCUGCUUUCUUAGGAUCAGUUGCUAUGAAGGGUAUUCAAACCACUUAUGGAUCUAAUGGAACAAUAGUUGAUUCCGAUUUUAUAUUUUCUAAUCUUGUUCUUUCACGUGUCGGUUCCUUUUUGAGAACACAUAAUCCUAAUCCUAAUGUUGAUAAACUUUGUUAUAAUAAGGAGUUUUUUAAGGUUGGUGACUGCAAUAGGAGAACUGUUAAAUGGAAGAGCUUUCAACCUAAUUUAUCCCUUCAAGAUGUUCCAAGUUUUUCGAGUAACGUAUCUAACGAAAAAGUAUAUGGGCCUGUUCAUAUAUUAAAUCUUACUGAAUCAACAUCUGGCAAUUAUAUAAUUCCAAAGGAUGUUUGUGAUUUUUGGUUUAAACUUGGAAUUCAUGCUCAAGUGUAUUCUUCGAAAAAAAGAAGUACCUAAAAUUC